AUGCCCAGUUGGCAGGCGAGCAGAACCAAGGCAGCCAGCAAGAAGGAACUGGGCUACCAGCCUGCCAGGCCCACCAAGGAAGAGCCCAGCUUCGGUGGCGUGGUGGAGCUGGGCGCGCACUGGAUCCACGGGCCCUCCCGGGGCAACCCUGUCUUCCAGCUGGCUGCCGAGUUCGGGCUCCUGGGGGAGAAGGAGCUGUCGGAGGAGAACCAGCUGGUGGAGACGGGGGGCCACGUGGGCCUGCCCUCCGAGAUCUGCACCAGCUCCGGCAGGAGGGUGAGCAUGGAGCUGGUGGCCGAGCUGGCCAGUCUGUUCUAUGGGCUGAUAGACCAGACCCGAGAAUUCCUGCAUGCCACUGAGACUCCAGUGCCCAGCGUCGGCGAGUUCCUCAAGAAGGAGAUCAGCCAGCAGAUGGCCAGCUGGACGGGGGAUGCGGAGACCAAGAAGCUCAAGUUAGCCAUCCUGAAUUCCUUCUUCAAUGUGGAGUGUUGCGUGAGCGGCACCCACAGUAUGGACCUGGUGGCCCUGGCCCCCUUUGGGGAGUACAUCGCGCUGCCAGGGUUGGACUGCACCUUCUCUCGCGGCUAUCAGGGACUCACGGACCGCAUAAUGGCCUCCCUGCCCAAGGACACAGUGGUCUUUAAUAAGCCGGUGAAGACCAUACACUGGAACGGAUCAUUUCAGGAGGCCGCGUUUCCUGGGGAGACCUUCCCAGUGUUGGUGGAGUGCGAAGAUGGCGCCUGCUUCCCGGCCCACCACGUCAUCGUCACCGUGCCUCUAGGUUUUCUCAAAGCACAUCAAGAUAUCUUCUUUGAGCCACCACUGCCUACCGAAAAGGUAGAAGCUAUCAGGAAAAUAGGUUUUGGAACCAAUAACAAAAUUUUCCUGGAGUUCAAGGAACCCUUUUGGGAACCAGACUGCCAGUUCAUCCAAGUGGUGUGGGAGGACACAUCACCCCUGGAGGACUUGACCCCCACGCUGCAGGAUUCCUGGUUCAAGAAGCUCAUUGGCUUUGUGGUCCUGCCUGCCUUUGAGUCUGUGCAUGUGCUCUGUGGGUUCAUCGCUGGUCUAGAGUCUGAGUAUAUGGAGACUCUGUCAGAUGAAGAAGUGCUUUUGUCUUUAACCCAAGUCCUCCGGAAAGUAACAGGGAAUCCACAGCUGCCUGCACCCGAGAGCGUGUUGAGGUCUUGCUGGCACAGUGCCCGGUACACCUGCGGCUCUUACAGCUAUGUGGCUGUGGGCAGUAAUGGGGCUGACAUAGACCUGCUGGCCCAGCCCCUCCCUGUGGAUAAUCCCAGCACCCAGCUUCAGAUGCUGUUUGCUGGGGAAGCCACACAUCGAACCUUCUAUUCCACAACACAUGGGGCCUUGCUAUCUGGCUGGAGGGAGGCUGACCGACUAAUCGGCCUGUGGGACUCACAGGUGCAGCAGCCCCGGCCCAGGCUCUGAUCUUGGCUUUGCUGUUCUGCUUCUCUGUGUGGGCAGACUUGGAUCCUCCUUCCCUCUGACAGGUGAUUUUCGGGAUCUUACAGCCUUCCUUUUGUGUAACUGGUUACCAUCUUGUUUCUCACAUCUGUCUCAGGAGUCUGGCUUGGGCAGCACAUGACUACACAGGAUGCUGCUGCUAGCAGCGAUGCUACAUACAUAAAACAGUUAAGGCCA